AUGAGUGAACGGAUUCGCGGAAUGAGAGAUCGUCGAGAAAAUGAGCUGAACGGCUUCCUCGAGGAGGAACGGGAACAUUUACGAGUCUACAACGACGAGCAAGGAAACAACUUGAAUGAUGGUCAACCGGCGAACUUAAUUGAUAGUCAACCGGAGAAUUUGCAUGAUGGUCAACCGGGAAACUUGCAUGAUGGUCAACCGGAGAAAGUGGAGAAGCGAACGACGAGAAUGAGAACGCGAAAACGCAAAGCAUACCCGAGAGCAAAGCCUACUUUGCUAAAUGUUGCUAAGCCUAAAUGUUCGGGUGCACAAAAA